UUCACCUCUUGUUGGGAGUGCACAUUGUUAGUAUUGCAAUGGCUCUCACUCACUUCCUCCUCCCCACCUGUCUGGUUUUACUUUCAUUGCUACUCAUCAACGUCUCAGCUACUGAUUAUGGCUAUGGCCCAAAACCACCACAGGUUGAGCAACCAAAACCUCCACAGGUCCAGAAACCAGAACCACCACAGCUCGAGAAACCAAAACCACCACAUGUUGAGAAACCAACACCUCCACAGGUCUCUGCUACUGAUUAUGGCUAUGGCCCAAAACCACCACAGGUUGAGCAACCAAAACCUCCGCAGGUCCAGAAACCAAUAAAACCACCACAGGUUGAGAAACCAACACCUCCACAGGUCUCUGCUACUGAUUAUGGCUAUGGCCCAAAACCACCACAGGUUGAGCAACCAAAACCUCCGCAGGUCCAGAAACCAAUAAAACCACCACAGGUUGAGAAACCAACACCUCCACAAGUCUCUACUAAUGAUUAUGGCCAUGGCCCAAAACCACAGGUUGAGAAACCAAAAUUAGAUCAGUUGUACGGAGAGCUACUACCUCACAAUCUAUUCGGCAUUCAAGGGCUUGUUUUAUGUAACUCAGGACUUAAAGCCUUCCCAAUUCAAGGAGCUGUGGCAAGGAUUACAUGCGUGGGCGAGGACGAAAAUGGGUACGAGACUGCACCUUUCUCCAUCUUAAGUGGUGCAACUGAUGCAAUGGGUUACUUCUUUGCAACAUUGUCACCUUCAAAGCUUGAAGGUAAUUACAACAAUAAGUGGAAGCUCACAGAGUGCAAGACAUUCCUCGACAAUUCUCCACUGGAGAGCUGCAAAGUCCCUACUGAUGUCAACCAUGGAAUUAGUGGGGCUCUGAUUGCUUCUUAUCGCACUCUCAAUGCCAAGAACAUGAAGCUGUUCUCUGUUGGACCCUUCUUCUACUCCUCAGAACCUAAACCAGCCCCUAGUGGCUAUUAGUUAUCUUCUCUAUUU